AUGUCGAUCGGAUCCAAACCGAAGAGGGGCGAAGCUUUGGCACACUUCAAUAUCAAAACCGACAGGAAAAUGUUACUGAAGUUGGAUCUACUGCUGGUCCCCAUGUGUUGUGCGAUGUACCUUAUCGCAUUCUUGGACCGAUCAAACAUUGGAAAUGCAAGGAUCGCGGGACUUCAGAAGAACUUGAAACUCACAGAUGUUCAGUAUGAGACCGCCAUCACCGUCACUUACAUCCCAUACAUGGCCGCCGAAUUACCCUCAAACUUGAUGGUCAAAAAAAUUGGACCCAAAAUCCAAUUACCGAUCAUGAUGUUGCUUUGGGGGCUCGUCAGCACCUGCCAAUCACAAGUCAAUUCCUAUGGCGGACUCCUCGCAUGCCGUUUCUUUAUCGGGCUUUUUGAAGGUGGUCUCUUCCCUGGUCUCGUGCUUUAUCUCUCCGGAUUCUACCGUCCCCAAGAGCUUCAAAUCCGCGUUGGGUUAUUUUUCUGCGCAGCCGCACUUUCGAGUGCUUUCUCUGGUUUGCUUGCAACGGCCAUCCAGCUGAUGGAAGGACUUCGGGGCAUGCAUGGUUGGCAGUGGAUUUUCCUCCUCGAAGGUGUUUUCACGAUCGUCUUCGCCCUCUUCUCACUGUGGAUUUUACCCAACACCCCCCUCGACGUCAAAAUCCUCUCUCAAUCCGAGCGCGAAUACUGCCAACAACGCCUAGAACUCGACGCAAAAAGAAGCGAAAGCACCAACAUCAUCCGAAAAGACAUUUUCGGUGCACUGCCAGAUCUCUGUCUAUGGAUCCUAGUCCUCACACUCUUCUGCAGCGGCGUCAGCCUCUUCGGUCUCGCAUACUUCACGCCCAGCAUCGUUGCCGGAUUCGGAUACUCCGCCAACAAAACACAGCGAUAUACCGUUCCCCCCUUCGCAAUCGCAUUCGUGGCAACAGUCAUCGGUGCACUUAUUGCAGACAAGUACAGAGCCAGGGGAGCAGUAGCUUUUGUAGCAACAUCAUUGUCAGUUGCCGGCUUCGCAGUCUUCUACAUAAGCAAGACCGUCGCAGUGCGCUAUGUCUCACUCAACAUGCUCAUCACAAGCGUGUACACCACUGCACCUUGCCUCAUCACCUGGCUCUCUAACAACGCAGCUGCACAUACUCGCCGUGCAACAGCCGUCGCUCUUGGCUUCAUGGCUACAAAUCUUGGGGGUAUUGUGAGCACGUGGAUUUAUCCCAAAUCGGCCGCUCCCAAGUACAGAUUUGCUGCGAAGUUUAACUUGGCGCUCAAUUGUUUUAUGCUACUGGGAAUUGCGACUAAUAUUGUGCUGUUGAGGCGGAGGAAUGUGGAGAAGGUGGAGAAUAGAGAGGAGAUACUGGCUGGGAUGGAGGAUCUUGACGCGCAUGAGCAAUACGAGCUUUUGGGUGAUCGACAUCCGGAUUUCAAAUAUACACUUUGAAAGGCUGACCGAAUUAAAAUUUUAAUCAGAGCGGGUGUUUACCGAACUAUAGGUUAUAGCCUAGGGGUUUUGAAUAGUUAAGAGGUUUAUAGAGCAG